UUGUGCAGAAAGUUGCCCACGUCCCAUUGGCACUGCGCUCUUGUUACGCUCAGCAAGCCAAUGCUGCGCUGCCGGCAUACUCCUAAGACGGUUUAGGUUGCAGCCAAUAGUAUGAUCGGGAAAGCUUCGGAAAGAUUCCUGGUUGGACUGCUGCAAGAAAUCUCCAGUCGUGUUGAAGCUUACUCGUGGCCGUGGCCUGCAUCACAGCACCUGGGCAUGAAGGCCCGUGGGCGUGUGGGAAGUGGAGCCCGUGAAAGAGGAGUGGGUACUCAACCACCAUUAGAUCGUGAAAGGGUCCCUCAAACUUGGCUUUCUUUGGAUAAGAAGCUAAAAAAUCUUCAAGAAGAUCCAGCGAGAUUCUUGCAGGCUUGCAGCCAUGGCAGCAUCUACACUUUUACAGGCCUUGCCGCCACCGAAAGAGUGGGUACCUUACAUUUCCGGAUAACAUCCAGUGGGUCGUCCCGCUUAUCGGCCGCUGUGCAGUUACAUCAUUUGCUGUCCGUUGACGAUCUUUCCACCUGGAAUGCAUCAUUCUCACAUCAUAUCUCAUCCCUCCUCUACCCUCCUCCGUCCGAAACCACCACAUACUUCAUCCCGAAGUCCGUUACCGAACGGGCUUCACGCUGCUUCGGUAAGCGGCGCCCUCUUACUGUUCUUAGUGUUGUCCCACUGCCUGCCCGUCGUAGCGAGGCCCCCCCGGUGAUGUCAGCUGGGGUUGAACAUUCGGAAAAACAUUUCGAAAAGGAAUGCCCAUGGGACGGUCAGGGUCAUGGCAUAGGACGUGGGGAGUGGAGGGCCACCUCCAAGGCUCCAAUCUUUUCCCCAUGGGUAACCUUCUUUGGAUCAAGCGUAAAAGGUAGCGAGCGCUCCACCGCUCGUUGCCGCAUGCAGUACGCAGAUUCUUAAGUUCACGUAGUCCUCUCGCACUGCUGGCAUAUUCUUUCAAAUCUUUAAUCUUCUCUUUAUCUCUCCUUCCAUUCUCUCUUCAUCCCCUCACUCUACUCCUCCUCCU